CUGCUAUUGCGUAGUGCCGACUCGGGUUGUGUAUCCCCUCUGACAAGAAGCCAUGGGAUUAGCAAAAUAGUCCAUAGAUGCGUGUCUCUCCUUGGCCACCUUUGAAAACAUUCUUUUUUAACGCUUUCCAUCACUUAGAUAGUGUUAUUGUUCCUUACGAGCGUGGAUCUUUGCUGUACUUUCUUGUGGAAGAAUGUUAAUACCCGUGGCUUUGAGCAGAGCUGAGAAACUAACUUGCCAGCUGAGCUAGCUCGCUAGCGCAUAACCAGACACGGCUCGACGACAUAAUAGGCUGCUGCUCUGCUUUUGGGAACACGGUGUGCUCGCUGUGACAGAUCAACCCAGCUUUCACCGAGGAUAAUACCGGUGAUUUUUGAGAUAGUAUCUCUGCCCUAGCUUAUCUUUUAAAGAUUGCCUUUGUUGUGUAAUCAUCUACACUGGCCGUGGAACCAGCUUGCUUGCUAGCAAUUUAGCUGGCAUCCGGUGCGUUCGCAGCGUUAUCAGAGCACUGCUCACAUUGCGCUGGUUAAAAAUACACUUCAUUUCCCAAGCACGGUGCCCCUCCAAAAGUGGUGGGUUAGUCCACGUUGGACUUGUCUUCGGCUUUUCUGGUCACAUUGCUCGGAGUUUGGCGCUCUACAUGGUCACUACAGUGAAUUUAAGACGACUGGAAGAGCGAGUCGUACCCCGAGGUUGUGAGCCGAGCUGGCCUGAUCUAACGUUAUAUCGUACCAGCUGGUGGGCUUCGGGUCUUUGGCUGAUCAGUGGCCGAGCAUCACUAAUGGCCUUUUCCUGUCACCAGUAGUAACAUAACAAGCCUUGGUCCAGCCCAGGGUUGCAAGACCAAAACUUUGUAAAGGUCAGAUAAAAACGCAUUGUUUCCACUGUCAGCUGUCUGAGAUUGGCGGGGCAGACUUCAUCUGUCUUGAGCAGGACACAAUGUCGGAGGAUAACAACGCAGACAAGUUCAUCAAGGAGACAUCCAUUCUGGAUGAGUACAACAUUAACUGGACACAGAAGUUGGGAGCCGGCAUCAGUGGACCUGUCAGAGUUUGUGUGAAGAAGUCAACUCAGGAACGCCUGGCCCUGAAGAUCCUCAUUGAUCGCCCCAAGGCCAGAAAUGAGGUACGUCUCCAUAUGAUGUGUGCCAACCAUCCGAACAUAGUGCAAAUCCUGGAGGUUUAUGCCAACAGUGUCCAGUUCCCACAUGAGUCUAGCCCAAGAGCAAGGCUUCUGAUAGUUAUGGAGAUGAUGGAGGGUGGUGAGCUGUUCCACAGAAUCAGUCAGCACAGGCACUUUACUGAAAAGAUGGCCAGCCAGGUCACUAAACAGAUCAGUCAAGCCUUGGAACACUGUCACUCUCUAAAUAUUGCACAUCGUGACCUGAAGCCAGAGAACCUGCUCUUCAAGGAUAACUCUCUGGAUGCACCUGUGAAGUUGUGUGACUUUGGCUUUGCCAAAAUUGAUCAAGGAGACCUGAUGACCCCUCAGUUCACUCCUUACUACGUAGCACCUCAGGUACUUGAGGCUCAAAGAAGACACCAGAAGGAAAAGUCUGGAAUUAUACCUACCUCACCCACUCCAUAUACCUAUAACAAGAGCUGCGACUUGUGGUCUCUUGGCGUGAUUAUCUACGUAAUGUUAUGUGGCUAUCCUCCGUUCUACUCCAAGCACCACAGUCGCACGAUCCCAAAGGACAUGAGGAAGAAGAUCAUGACGGGCAGCUUUGACUUCCCUGAAGAUGAGUGGAGCCAGAUCUCCGAGAUGGCCAAGGACAUUGUACGCAAGCUGCUGAAGGUGAAGCCAGAGGAGAGGCUGACCAUCGAGGGAGUCUUGGCUCACCCUUGGCUCAACUGCACCGAGGCCCUCGACAACGUGCUGCCCUCCGCCCAGAUGAUGAUGGACAAGGCGGUAGUCGCAGGUAUCCAGCAGGCCCAUGCAGAGCAGUUGGCCAACAUGAGAAUUCAGGAUCUGAAUGUCAGCCUGAAGCCCCUAAACUCUGUCAACAACCCAAUCCUCAGGAAGCGGAAACUACUAGGCCCCAAGCCCAGUGAUGGUUUCUUCAUUCAUGACCCAGAGAACGGAGGGGAAGACUCCAAUGUAGCGCUGGAAAAAUUACGAGAUGUGAUUGCACAGUGUAUACUACCACAAGCCGGAGAGAACGAGGAUGAGAAGCUGAAUGAGGUGAUGUAUGAAGCCUGGAGGUUCAACAGAGACUGUAAACUGCUGAGGGAAGGCCUGCAUGGGCUGAGCUGGGACGGACGAGCCUUCUCUGAUAAAGUUGACCGCUUGAAGUUGGCUGAAAUAGUGAAACAGGCCAUUGAAGAAAAGACGAAUCUUCAAGAAUCUCAUUAGCAAGCGCUGUUUUUCUAUCUUCUUUUUAUAUUGUUUAUUAUGACCCUUUUUAACCCAUAUCUGUAAAGAUGCUUUUUAUGUAAAAUGAUGCGAUAAUUUUUGUUUUUCAUGAGUUCACUUGCAAAACCUAUUGUACAGCUGUAGAUAUAUUUCAAAAAGGACUCAUUGGUACUAUAAUGUUUUUUAAAUGGACACUUGCAAAGAACAUGGAAAAAAACCCUAUAUUUUCAUUUUUGCAAAAAAAGAAAAAAGAUAAAAGAAGAGAAAAAUCAGUGAAAGAAAUUAUUUUCUGGGAGGGAAUUUUUAUUAGCUGCUUGUCCAAGAUGUCGUGUUUUAUCACAGUUAUUUCAUUUUAUUCUAUUUUAUUUUUCUUUUAACCAUUCUAAGAAUUUUAUUUAUUUAAACAAAGAGUUCCAUUAUUUUAUACUUACUUGUAGCCUGGCAGUGGGCUCUAAAGUCGAGAGAAGCUGUCUACGAUGCGACUUUGUUCUUCCACACACUUUCUGAAUCUCAGACUGUGUUUAAAUUAUAUUUAUCUUUGUUUUUUUGUGCAACUUCCCCUUGACCUUUUUUGUUAUCUAGAGGUCAAGGCAGUUCGGAAAUGUAGGUAAAAGAAAGUAUCAUGAAAUAGAAAAGUGCCGCCUCAAAUUUGUUAAUUUUGUCACUACACCUUUCAUAAAGUUGGUAAGAGACUGUGCUAAAUAGAUCUAAGCAUACUGGAUAUGCAUAAACACUAUGGAGGGUUUUCUUUUCAGACUCAUUUAGAUUGAUGUGUUUUUGACAAACAAAUCUUAACUUCAGGUCCACUUACUAGCUUUUUCACUAAACUUUAACUGUCUCACUGCCUUUCUAUAAAAGAUAGAGAUUUUUCAGAUUUCGAGAUGGGGUUGAAAGCUGGAAGCUGGGGGGGAAAAAAGCUUGUAAGUGGACCUUGAGUUAAGACUUAAUUGUCAAACUGUUAUCAAGGUCAAGACUGACUUUUCCCACCCUAGUUUCAUGCAGGUUUCACAAUCUUUCAGUUCAGCUCUUAAGCAUGAAGUGAUGAUACUGUUUGUCAGAUUCUGAAGUUUGUACCUUCCAAGUGAAGUGAAGUGAAUUAUUUCAACGGCUUUUUAUGUGUCUGAAAAUGUAUGAUGUGAUGCUGAAAGGUCUUAAGUUCAGUCUUCGUUUAAAGUUGUUGAUCUGUGAAAUGGCACAAUCUGAGCUGCUUUGACGUACAAGUUGUAUCUACUGGAAUUUAGACUAGGGUCAGUUAAUAUUUAAGCCCUUUUAAAGCAAGACCGCUUGCUACUUGAGCACGCAAAAAAACAGCAGACAUUUUUGGUGCAAUAUUGUUAACGUCUUUAUGAUGGAAAAGAUCAGUAGGAGGUUUCAGCAUCCUUGAACAGGUCUGUUAGGAUUUCAGUGUCCUAAUACUUGCUGUGCUACUGAAUGUGCAAUAGGGGAAUAAUUUAAUCACAUGUGCACAAUGCAUGCAUGUACAUGGCAGUGAGAUAGUGUCAGUUUUUCAGUAUUGCUGUCUAACACAGACCUUACCUACUUCAUUUAAACGGUCUGAAUACCAGCAAAUGCUCCCUCCAUUCGCCCAUCCUCACCUUUUAGUUGUAAUUAAUAUCAUAUCAUUGAUUAGCCAGGGAGAAAUUUUUCCUGCACUGUUUUGCUCCAGUUAGGGUAUCUGAUAUGAUCUUUUCAAAGAGGGGUUAGAAGAAGGGAUUCAUGUUCAGUUGUUUGAAUGAGGCUAAAAGUGCACGUUCUGUAAACAUACUUUCAUGUCAACAUUACUGCAUUAACCAUGUGUUUUUGAUCUUUUUCAUCUUAAUGAAAAAAUGUGUUUGUUCUGAGUAAUUAGCAAACAAUGGUGCAAUAUGUCAUUUCCAGUGAAAACCAUGCAUCUCCAAUUCUGGUGAUUUUGAAAUUUUGGAUUUAAAAUAAUUUCCUACUUCUUAAGAUAAAUAAACCAUUUGAA